AUGUCUGGCCACGGGAGCGGGCCGCCAAGCUGGGCACAGCUCGGCAAGCUCGGGCUGCUGUCCGCUCUGCCGUGCUUUGUGUUUGGGUUUUUGGACAACUCAAUCAUGCUCGUGGCGGGCGAUGCGAUCGAGUCGAGCCUCGGCGCGAAGCUCGGCCUCUCGGGCCUGGCGUGUGCCGCGCUCGGCAACGUUGUCGCCGACACCACAGGCAGCAGCGCGCCGCCUCCUGCUGCCCGCCUGCCUGCCUGCCUGCCUCCUACCUGCCUUCCCGCGCAGCAGCAGAUGCGAGCGGCCCGCCUCACCACCGCCAGCGCGGGCGCAGUCGGCAUCAUCAUCGGCUGCCUCGUCGGCUGUUUCCCGCUGCUGUUCAUCGAGGGGGACGGCGCAGAGGGCAAGCCCGAGGCGGCGUGA